GGGUCUCGCGGGCCCCGCUCCCGCCCUCCGCUCGCCUGGCCCGGACCGGAAGCGGCGCCGCACGGCCUGGGCCUGGCGCGGGGGGCGGGCACCGGGGCCCGAUCGGACAUGGGCAAGAAGCACAAAAAGCAUAAGUCGGACAAACACCUCUACGAGGAGUAUGUAGAGAAGCCCCUGAAGCUGGUCCUCAAAGUGGGAGGGAACGAAGUUACCGAGCUCUCCACGGGCAGCUCUGGGCACGACUCCAGCCUCUUUGAAGACAAAAACGAUCAUGACAAACACAAAGAGAGAAAGCGGAAAAAGAGAAAGAAAGGAGAGAAGCAGAUUCCAGGGGAAGAAAAAGGGAGAAAACGGAGACGUGUAAAGGAGGAUAAAAGAAAGCGAGACCGUGACCAUGUGGAUAUUGAGGUAGAAAAAGACCUACAGUGUCAGGCCCCUGUACGAUUAGACUUGCCUCCUGAGAAGCCUCUUGCAAGCUCUUUAGCCAAACAAGAAGAAGUAGAACAGACACCUCUUCAAGAAGCUUUGAAUCAACUGAUGAGACAACUGCAGAGAAAAGACCCAAGUGCUUUCUUUUCAUUUCCUGUGACUGAUUUUAUUGCCCCUGGCUACUCCAUGAUCAUUAAACACCCAAUGGAUUUUAGUACCAUGAAAGAAAAGAUCAAGAACAAUGAUUACCAGUCCAUAGAAGAACUGAAGGAUAACUUCAAACUGAUGUGUACUAACGCUAUGAUUUACAACAAGCCAGAGACGAUUUAUUAUAAAGCUGCGAAAAAGCUGUUGCACUCAGGGAUGAAAAUUCUUAGCCAGGAGAGAAUUCAGAGCCUGAAGCAGAGCAUAGACUUCAUGGCAGACUUGCAGAAAAGUCGGAAGCAGAGAGACAGGACAGACACCUCGCAGAGUGGGGAGGAGAGCGGCUCCUGGCCAAGAGAGAGGGACGACACUGGAGACGCUGAGGCACAGGGCUUCAAGAGCCCCAAUAAGGAGAAUAAAAAGAAAGACAAAGAUGUGCUUGAAGAUAAAUUUAAAAGCAAUAGUUUAGAAAGAGAGCAGGAGCAGAUUGACCGCAUCGUUAAGGAAUCUGGAGGAAAGCUGACCAGGAGGCUUGUUAAUAGUCAGUGUGAAUUUGAAAGGAGAAAGCCAGAUGGAACAACAACAUUGGGACUUCUCCAUCCUGUGGAUCCUGUUGUAGGAGAACCAGGCUAUUGUCCUGUGAGACUGGGGAUGACAACUGGAAGACUUCAGUCUGGAGUGAAUACUUUGCAGGGAUUCAAAGAAGAUAAAAGAAACAAAGUGACUCCAGUGUUGUACUUGAGUUAUGGACCCUACAGCUCUUACGCACCACAUUAUGACUCCACAUUUGCAAACAUCAGCAAGGACGACUCUGACCUGAUCUAUUCAGCCUACGGGGAAGACCCUGACCUCCCCGGUGACUUCAGCAUCCAUGAGUUUUUGGCCACAUGCCAAGAUUAUCCAUAUGUUAUGGCAGAUAGUUUACUGGAUGUUUUAACAAAAGGAGGACAUUCUAGAACCCUGCAGGAGUCCGAGACGUCAUCUCCUGAAGAUGAAGGCCAGACUAGGAUCCUUGACACAGCAAAAGAAAUGGAGCAGGUUACAGAAGUUGAACUAACAGGGCGUUUAGACUCCAGUAAUCAAGACAAGCUCACAGCACUGAAAGCAGUAACACACUUCGGAGCUCCAGUUGAAGUCUUUGACUCUGAAGAAGCUGAAGUGUUCCAGAGGAAACUUGAUGAGACCACCAAACUGCUCAGAGAGCUCCAGGAAGCCCAGAAUGAGCGUCUGAGCACCAGACCCCCUCCCAACAUGAUCUGUCUCUUGGGUCCGUCAUACAGAGAAAUGCAUCUCGCUGAACAAGUGACAAAUAACCUGAAAGAACUUGCACAGCAAGUAACUCCAGGCGAUAUUGUAAGCACAUACGGACUCCGAAAAGCGAUGGGAAUUUCCGUCCCCUCCCCGGGCAUUGAAAACCACCUUGUCGAUCUAACAGAAGAUUUUGAAGAACCUAAAAAGACUGAUGUUACUGAGUGUGAACCUGAUGGGAUUUGAAGCUAUCUGGUAUUUGAUUAUAUAUUAUGUAUAUAUUUUUUUCAUUAACUUGGAAAUGCUUUUCAGAAGAUAUUAAAUAUUUGUAAAUUGUGUUUUUAAUUAAA